UUUGUAAAUAUUGUAUAUUAUAUUUUUAAUUUAUCAUGCCGUGGACUAUUGUAUGCUUUGAAGAGGAAAACUGCGUCGAAAUAGUGCCUGAUUAUUGGUUUAAAAAUGGUUGUUGUGCGUGGCCAAAAAAGAGUAUAAAAAAUUAUAAAAAAUUUGUUGAUCGCCGAACCUAAUGAAAUAGAUUUUGACUAUUCAAGGCAAGGUCCAUGUCUCACAAUAUUGUUAGUUUACAUGAAGCACGGGCAAAACUAAAAAUUGCUGAAGAAACAUCAGAAUUAUCUACUUUUGAAAAUGAAAAGUCAACUCGAAGUGAACGGCACCGUCAACCUGAUUACUCUUAUAACAUUAAACAUAAAGAAAAAACUAAGAUGCCAAAGCAGUCAAGAAAUAGAAAUUUUAAUGAUUCUGAAGGAAUUUCUAUUGAAGAUCCUCCUGUACUCAACAGUAGUGAUGGUGAUGUAGUAGAUGAUGAUAAUGUAUUAAAUUCUCCAUCAGGGAAAUGGAAUGUACCUAAAAUAGAUAAUAAUACCAUGAUAGUUGGAACCAGUAAAAAAAGACUUGAUUUUUCUGAUACACAUACACCCAGUAUAUCCAAAUCAUCAAUUAAUAAAUCACCAAAUUAUUCCCCAAGUCUAAGAAAACUAAAAAAAGUUCCAUCUAACUCAACAUCAGACUUUGAAAUUAUUACAAAUGAAGAGAGACGAGACGGAAACUCCAAAUCACUAUUAUCUUUGCCUAAUAGUAAUAGUAAAAAAAUUAGAAAUAACGGAUACUUUGAAUCACAUUUGUCAUCUCUCACAAGUGACAAUAAUAUGAAUAAAAAUGACUCAAAUUCUGAAACAGGAAACAAUUACUCGACACUUAUAGGUAGAAAAGAUGUUUUUGAUAUCCAACAAAAAAUGAAAAUAAGUUUAUUGGAACCAAUUGUGAGUUUACUUACUAGUUUUACCAAAGAAACAAUUAAAGAAACAAUUUUAUUAGCAACUUUUCAAACAAUUAGUUGGUUAGUUGAAAAUCACUUAUUUGAAAACAUUCAACAAUUUACUGUUAAUGAAGAGAUUGACUUAGUAUCUAACUUAGGUAAAACUAUGUAUAAUAACCAAAUUACUAAGGGUGUAUUAUUGCCAAUAAAUUUUCAGUUUAAAAAAUUCUUUGAACAUGAUAACAACUUAGAUAAAACUUUAACAAUCUAUGAACAAUUGACAAAGAACACAAAUAAUGAAACAGAAAUAAAACAUUAUGUACAGGGAAAAUUGUGGCAAGAAAAUACUUUACCCUACCGGGUAAAUGGUAUCAACAUAACAACUACAAAUGGUGUCAAAAAAGUUCAUUUUAUUUUAGGACUGUUUAUUGGUGACAAUUUAGGAAUAAACGCUAUCAGUGAAUUUAGCAGAUCAUUUUCUUCCAAUUUCUUUUGUAGGUUUUGUAAAGCUCAUAAAACUGUAACGCAUAAACUAUGCAAAGAAAAUAAUUCACUACUUCGUAAUUUAGUCAACUAUGCUGAAGAUGUUGCAAUUAAUGAUUUAAA